CCCAGCCGCGGCUCCACUCAGGGGCCCAGACACCAGUUCCCUUCACAAUGCUGGUGAUCAGGGGCCCUGAUCCCUCGUUCUGCCUUCUCCUCCUCCUGCUCGUGGGCCCCCACAACCCCGUGGGGGCCAGUCCUCCUCAGAGAAGGUUUGAGUAUAAGCUCAGCUUCAAAGGACCAAGACUGGCAUUGCCUGGGGCUGGAAUACCCUUCUGGAGCCAUCAUGGAGAUGCCAUACUGGGCCUGGAGGCAGUGCGGCUGGCCCCAUCCAUGAGGAACUGCAGCGGCGCCGUGUGGAGCAGGGCCCCUGUCCCCUUCUCUGCCUGGGAGGUGCAUGUGCAGAUGAGGGUGACCGGGCCAGGGCGGCGGGGAGCCCAGGGCAUGGCCGUGUGGUACACCCGGGGCAGGGGCCAAGUAGGCUCUGUCCUGGAGGGGCUGGCCUCGUGGGACGGCAUCGGGAUCCUCUUCGACUCCUCCACCAAGGAUACCCAGAACAGCCCCAUCAUCCGUGUACUGGCCAGUGAUGCGCACACUCGCUACGAGCCGCGUGGGGAUGCAGCCAGCGGGGUGCUGGGCUCCUGCCGCCGGGACUUCCGCAACCUGCCGAACCCCCUCAGAGUUCGGAUCACCUACUGGGGGCAGAGGCUGCGGGUGUCCUUGAACAGUGGCCUCACUCCCAACGACUUAGAUGAGGUCUGUGUUGACGUGGGUCCACUGCUUUUGGCUCCUGGAGGUUUCUUUGGGGUCUCAGCAGCCACUGGCACCCUGGCAGAUGACCAUGACAUCCUGUCCUUCCUGACCUUCAGUCUGAGUGAGCCGGAUCCAAAGCCUCCCCCACCGCCCUUUCUGGAGAUGGAGCAGCUCCGGCUGGUGAAGCGGCUGGAAGGGCUUCGGGCAAGGCUGGCCCUGGGCGCCAGGGAGGAUGUGAUCCCAAAGCUGAGCUCCGAAGUCCAGGAAGAGGGAAAAAGGAUCCUUGGCCUGGAAGAGACGCUGGGCAGACACCGCCAGAUCCUGCAGGCUCUCCAGGGUCUCUCCAGACAGUUGGCCCAGGCCGAGAGGCAGUGGAAGAAGCACCUGGGGACCCCAGGCCAUGCCAGGCCUGAGGGAGCCUGGGAUUCUGCCAAGGUCAGCGCCCUGCUCCGUGGACAGAGGUCUCUGCUCCAGGACCUGCAAGAGAUGAGGGAUGCAGCUGCCCACGUGGUCUCAAAAGCCCAGCUCUUCUAUCUGCCUGUGGGCACCAAGCAUCAUUUCUCAGAGCUGGCCCAGAUCCUGGGCCUCCUGCAGAAGGACCUUCGGGGCCCACUGAAAGCGGCAGCCAAGAACCGCCGCCCACCUGGCCAACCCCCAGAAGCCUCCUUGUGCCUGCGGCCCAGCAUCUUCUUGUUCUUCCUCCUCAUUCAGACUAUAGGCUUCUUCUGUUAUGUGCACUUCAGGCAGGAGCUGGACAAGAGCCUUCAGGACUGUUUGUCCACAGGCAGCCCUCCUCUGUGUCCUGCACCACGCAUUCCUGGCGCCCUGGGGAUUCUGAGGAGGCAGCCUCUCUCCUCCAGCAUACACGCAUGACUCACCUCGAAGCCCUGAAGGAAUCUCCCCAGGAAGUGGAUGGUGUCCAGGGGGUGAGGGUUUGGCCCGUACUUCUCCUUCUGGGUGCCCAGCUCCUGCCCACACCUUAGCUUUUGGGUAGCUCCAAUCUUAUUAAAGGUGAUUUCCAUCUCCCCA